AUGCCCGAGGACGCCCCCUACGACCCUUACAUCCCCAGCGGCCAGGCCGCGCCGCAACAGCAAGGAGGAGCUGGCGGCAAUGCGAGGACCCAGGCCCUGCAAGCUCAAAUCGACGACACCGUUGGCGUGAUGCGGGAGAACAUCAACAAGGUCUCCCAACGUGGCGAGCGCCUCGAUGCUCUGCAAGAUAAGACUGACAACCUGGCUGUCUCGGCCCAGGGCUUCCGCCGGGGCGCCAACCGUGUCCGCAAGCAGAUGUGGUGGAAGGAUGUCAAGAUGCGCAUGUGUCUGAUUGCUGGCAUCAUCAUUCUCAUCCUCAUCAUCGUCAUUCCCGCCGUCGUCGCAACGCGCUAG